AGAGAGGCGCGCUCGGAGAGAAGAGGCGCAGUCGCACAUGGUCCACCGUCUGGAGCGCAACACAUCCUGGCCAAGUUUGGGAAUCUUUAGUAGGUACGAUAAUUGACUUUGCAUUGAUCGUUCCUCGGUCCUCCUUCCAACUGUGUUUUGUGGCGGCAUCACCAUUGUGAGAGUUGUAUCUGCGCGACUGCUUGGGAGGAACGCUGCACGGCUGCAUUCAUUUUUUUUAAUUUCGUAGUUAAAGUUCACUUUUUUGGCUGCCGGAGAUUCUGCGAGAAUCAGCGACGACAUGACAGCCGAGAAGAGCGGGCCGGUGAUAAACGGUAAACCGGAGGACGGUAAAGAGACGGACGGGUCCAGCUCCAGCCUGGACAAAAAGGAGUACUAUGAGAGAGGCCAGUGGAACAACAAGAUCGAGUUUGUGCUGUCGGUGGCCGGCGAGAUCAUCGGGCUCGGCAACGUCUGGAGGUUUCCGUACCUCUGCUAUAAGAAUGGAGGAGGUGCUUUCUUUGUUCCGUACGUCAUCUUCUUCGUGUGCUGCGGGAUCCCCGUCUUUUUCCUGGAGACCGCCCUCGGCCAGUUCACCAGCGAGGGAGGCAUCACCUGCUGGAGGAAAGUAUGCCCCCUGUUUGAAGGCAUCGGCUAUGCGACCCAGGUGAUCGAAGCUCAUCUAAACGUCUACUAUGUAGUCAUCCUCGCCUGGGCCAUCUUCUACCUCUUUAACUGCUUCACCACGGAGCUGCCGUGGGCUAGCUGUGGCCACUACUGGAAUACUGAUAACUGUGUUGACUUCUAUGGAGAGAAUGCAACCAACAUUACCAAUACCAAUGCAACGUCUCCUGUUAUUGAAUUCUGGGAACGGCGAGUAUUGAAGAUAUCGGAUGGUAUCGAACACAUGGGUGGGAUGCGCUGGGAGCUGGCAAUGUGUUUGGCCCUGGCCUGGUUUAUCUGCUACUUCUGCAUCUGGAAAGGACCUAAGUCGACCGGCAAGGUUGUGUACGUGACCGCCACAUUCCCUUACUUCAUGUUGCUGAUUCUUCUGAUCAGAGGAGUAACGCUGCCUGGAGCGUACGAUGGCAUCAAGUUUUACCUAUACCCAGACAUCUCGCGUCUCUCCGACCCUCAGGUAUGGGUCGAUGCAGGAACCCAGAUCUUCUUCUCCUACGCCAUCUGCUUGGGCUGUCUCACUGCUCUCGGUAGUUACAACGCCUACAACAACAACUGCUACAGGGACUGCCUCAUGCUGUGCUGUCUGAACAGUGGCACCAGCUUCGUGGCUGGUUUCGCCAUUUUCUCCGUGCUGGGAUUCAUGGCUUACGAACAGAAUGUUCCCAUCGAGGCCGUGGCGGAAUCUGGUCCUGGUCUUGCAUUCAUUGCAUACCCAAAAGCUGUGACCAUGAUGCCCCUCUCCCCACUCUGGGCCUGUCUCUUCUUCAUGAUGCUCAUCUUUCUUGGACUGGACAGCCAGUUUGUGUGUGUAGAAAGCUUAGUGACGGCCGUGGUGGACAUGUACCCAGAGACCUUCAGGAGAGGCUACCGCAGAGAACUGCUGAUUCUCGGCAUGUCAAUAGUAUCUUUCCUCAUAGGACUCAUCAUGUGUACAGAGGGCGGGAUGUAUGUCUUUCAGCUCUUCGACUCGUACGCCGCCAGCGGCAUGUGCUUGCUGUUUGUGGCCAUCUUCGAGUCCAUAUGCAUUGGAUGGGUGUAUGGAAGUGACAGAUUCUACUCCAACAUCGAGGACAUGAUUGGCUACAAGCCCGUCUUCUUCAUCAAAUGGUGCUGGAUGAUCUUGACCCCGGGCAUCUGUGCUGGUAUUUUCCUGUUCUUCCUGAUCAAAUACAAGCCGCUAAAGUACAACAACGUGUACACCUACCCUGACUGGGGCUACGGUAUCGGCUGGUUCAUGGCCAUGUCGUCCAUGGUGUGCAUCCCUCUGGGGAUGAUCUGGAUGAUCUGGAAGACUCCCGGCACAUUCUCAGAGAGAAUGAAGAAGUUGACAACACCCAGCCCGGACCUGAAGAUGCGAGGGAAGCUCGCCGCCCUCAGUCCGUACGCCGCCAAUGACGCCAAACUCAAGGCUGAUGGGAAAAUAUCCACCGUCUCGGAGAAGGAAACACAUUUCUAACUGACUUGUCUGACUGACCGCGACGUCUGCCUCAAGCCUAUUUUCAACCCUUAAGAAACACGACAAACCUGCCAUUACUGAAACACGAAACACAUAAUACAAAAGGGUUGUUUUGAUUUUGUAAAAAGAAAAAAAAAAUGUGACCACAAAUUAUGUAGUCUGCUUUUGUUUUUGCACAAUUUUUGAUAACACGUGUGUUGGUUCUUUUUAUUGUUAUUUUUUAACUCUGUCACUAAAGCAGACUGUCUAUUGCUAACCAUGUAAUAGUUGAAAGUCUAUUGGAUGACGUAAGAUUAUGGUGUCAGUAGUGACUGUGCCUUUUAGAAACAACACUGUUGUGUUGCAAAAAGGCUGGCAGCGUCUUUGUAAAGUGCAGUGCAACCUCCCUGUAAGGGAGCAGGUACCCACAUGUCUAAACUGUAGCAGCUGUGUGAUAGAGGAUACUGCCAUUUGACCAUAGGAGGGCAGCAGUAAAACACUGUUUAUCAUUUCAAUUGUUGACAAUUAUGUUUAAUUUCUAGUCAAAACAUUGUAAAUAGAGAGCAAUAUUGCCCACUCCCACAAAUGUUUUUUUUUUUUUUCUGAAACAUUGCAAAAUAAGUUACACUCUAUGUACUAUGAGUACCAAUGCAAAACAGACCCCUUCUACACAAAGGCUAUGUCAACAUUAAGCCGGAUAAGCCCUUAAACGAAUAAAUAUUUACCCUAAGCCCCGUUUCGGCCACACUAAAUCAUCGUUUAAGGUCCCCCUCCUUGGAUAAUUUCAAACUGAGUUCGGAGAGGAAGCGACGCCAGAAAGACUGCACCCGAAAAACUUCAUCCAUUUGUUGAAGGAGAGACGAAGAGAAUGCGGGCACCCGUGGAUGUGAUUUGAAAAAAAAAAAGGUAGCGUGUGCUUUGUAUUACUUGGCCGUCAAGGGAAGACUACAGAAAACGGCGAAUGCAUUUGGACUGGCAAAGCAGACUGUAUCAGUUAUUGUCCGCCAUGUAUGUCGCAGACUCAACGUCUAGAUCCAGAGUGUACAAAGUCACCAAAAAACGAAUGGACAAUGAAGGUGAAGGCAAAAAGCACAUUUUAUCUCACUGUGAUGCUACUUGAAGCCCCUUCUACACUAAGGCUAUGUCUACACUAAGCCGGAUAACCCCUUAAAACGAAUAAUUGUUUAGCCUAAGCCCCGUUUCGGCCACACUAAAUCAUCGUUUAAGGCAGUGGUUCUUAACCUGGGUUCGAUCGAACCCUAGGGGUUCGGUGAGUCGGCCUCAGGGGUUCGGCGGAGCCUCUGCCGCGGAGGUCAAGACACACCCGACUCAUCGUGUAAAUAACAACUUCUCCCUAUCGGCGAAUUAUGGAUACCCCCAGUCUUUGCGAGCAAUCCUUUUCGAGGAUGCUGGACAUAAGAACGAACAAAAGGAACAGACUUUGCUGUGAAAAUGACAUGAGUGUGGCACUUGCCAAGGUGAAGCCACGCAUAUCUAAACUGGUCUCUCAAAGGCAACAGCAGAAGUCACACUGAUUUGCAGGUGUGUAAUUUGUUGUGAGUUCAUGCACUGUGUUGGUUUUGUUCUUUGAACAAGGUGAUGUUCAUGCACGGUUAAUUUUCUGCACCAGUAAAAAAAAACAUAUACAUGGAUUGUCUUGGAUUUGAAAGAAGAAGAAAAAACAUUAGAUUUUUUACUAAAGAAGGGUUCGGUGAAUGCGCAUAUGAAACUGGUGGGGUUCGGUACCUCCAACAAGGUUAAGAACCACUGGUUUAAGGUAACCCUCCUUGGAUAAUUUUUUACAUGGGUAUGUGCACCGUCUAUUUCUUGAAACUCCGGCUCUUAGCUUUGUAUGGACUCAUUGAUCGUUUACAAACUGAGUUCGGAGAGGAAGUGACGCCAGAAAGACCGCGCCCCACACAGGAAGUGACGUCAGAAAGAACGCGCCACAGCCAGCUUCAUAAUAAAGCGAUUUCGUAACUCGGAGCUAACCACUGGAAAUAUGGAGGCGAGUCAUCCAGACAUGUCCGUGUUUCUCCUUAAUCAUUGGUACUCUACAGACGCUUGUGGAAAUCACACAUGGAUACCUUAAGAGAAAGUGAUUGCAGCUACUUGUGAUACAACACUUCUCAGACGGCAAGAGAACUUUCCAAUGUCCAGGUCAGCUGUGAUUCUACUUACCGACAAACUUCGUCCAUUUGUCGAAAGAGAGACAACGAGAAUUCGGGCUCCAGUGGAUGUGAUAAAAAAAGGUAGCGUGUGCUUUGUAUUACCUGGCCGUCGAGGGAAGACUAUGGAAAACAGUGAAUGCUUUUGGACUGGCAAAGCAGACUGUAUCAGUUAUUGUCCGCCAUGUAUGUCGCGGACUCAUCUAGGUCAGGAGUAUAUAAAGUCACCAAAAACGAAUGGACAAUGAAGGUGAAGGCAGAAGAGUGAGGAGUGUCCUGACCAGAUAUCUAGAUACCUAGAUUGAUUGGUGUAAAAUGUUCUUUAUCACAUUUUUUACUUUCCAUUAAAGAUUUGAUUAAUGUAUGAUGUCUCA